UCAACGAAUACAAUGUGACACAGACUCUGGCCCCACCCGAGUCCCAAAUAAUCUUGGUGGAUAGACCACAAAGGAGGAGGACGAUUAACCUAAGACCAAGGAACACCCGAAGUGGUGGCGGACGGCGGACGGCGGACGGCAAGGAAGCUCGAGACGGAGGAGAGAUGUCGGAUAACCCAUACGAGCGAGUGAAAGGAGGACGCUUAAGUUUCAAAGGCGGAGAAUUAGCAAGCCGAAGCAAAGCCAUCGACAAAAAGAAAAAGAAGAAGAAAAGCAAACAUGAAGAAAUUCAACAACAACAACAAGCUGGUAUUAUUCUCGAAGAACAACAACAGCCCACAACUACUCUUGAUACUGAUUCUGGAGAAGUUGUUUAUACGAUUGAUGCUGCGAGGAAGAUGAAAUAUGAUGAUCUUUUUCCUGUCGAGGCUAAAAAAUUUGGGUAUGAUCCUGUUGCUGCUAAAUCCAAAUCUAUUGAAGAAGCUCUUGAUGAUCGUGUCAAGAAGAAGGCUGAUCGCUAUUGUAAAUAGAGUGCAGGUCGUGUGAUGAAGAGAAAUAUACUGCGGAGUUGAUUAUGCAAAAUUCUCAAAAGAAAGUAUGCUCUGUCGAUUUUGCAGUGAAUGUGACCUUAGCUGAACUCGGGUUGAGAGUUGAGAUGUGUCUUUUAUCUCUGUUGUAGUUGAGAUAGUUUAGAUUCUAGUAACAUAGUGCCAAGUUGAAAUCAAAGGGUUUUAUGAACCUCAAUUUUUUGUUGUCAAGAUUAAUAGUUUUGUUAAAAUACUCACGACCUGAAUACAUCACUAGUUAAAUGUAACCUUUUCCAUGAACA